AGUAGAUCCCAUCGUGGCUGCUAGUGAUAAACUAUCCACAUGGAUUUCAAUUAAACUUAUUGAUUUAAACCCAACGCCAAACAUCAGGCGAUGUAAUUAUGUAAUUUAAAAGUGUGUUAGCUCGCGCAAUGGACCGCAGUGACGCAGAAACCUCCAGUAUAGCGUAUAAAGUUUUCACGUUUGAAGACAACAAGACACACACACAGGAGUCACUUUGUGUUUCCAUACCAGAGGUUCUGGAUCCUCAGUAUGGCAUGUAUGUGUGGCCUUGUGCAGUGGUGCUGGCUCAGUACCUGUGGACACACAGGGAGGAGCUGAGAGGCAGGACGGUGCUGGAGCUCGGUGCAGGUGUGAGUCUGCCAGGUGUGGUGGCAGCGAGGUGCGGCGCUCAGGUGAUCCUGUCGGACAGCGCAAACAAGCCGCUGUGUCUGGAGAACUGCAGGCGCAGCUGCGAAGCCAACGGCCUCCGAGAUGUUCGCGUGCUGGGUCUCAGCUGGGGCGAGAUCUCACCGGACCUCAUCCUGCUUCCCCAGCUGGACGUCAUUCUCGGCUCAGAUGUCUUUUACGACCCCGAUGAUUUUGAAGAUGUCAUCGUGACAGCUGCUUUCCUCCUGAGAAAAAACCCCAGGGCUCAGUUCUGGACGACAUACCAAGUGAGAAGCGCCGACUGGUCGAUCGAAGCGCUGCUCCGCAGGUGGGGGCUGGACUGCGUCGACGUUCAGCUGCACCAGUUUGACGCCGAUAGGUGUGAGCUGGCUGGGUCGACUCUGCCGGGCAGCCACAGCGUCCAGAUGAUGAUUAUCACUGUGAGGACGGAGGGCAGCAGCGCCACGUUGACCUCUCCACAGGACCAAAGUUAGAUUAACGUAUGGAUCAUUAGACUGAUCAAGUGUUACACACUUGAUCAAUUUUGAUGGCCGCUUAGAAGAUGAAGGACGGACGGGGCGUCGCAGCUCGCCUUCAGACUCAUCCUUAAAUUACAAACCCAAAUAAUUUAGUGUGACUACAUUGUGAGCAGCAGAGGGCAGCCGAGCUUCAUCCCGAACAUUGCUCAACCAACCAGAGGGACUUUUUCCUGCUGAAUGAAUGAGUGAAUGUUUGUGUUUUUGUCAAAGGGUGAGUGCAGCUUGUGGGGUUCAAGAAAAAUAUUAAAAUCAUGCAGGAUCCGCACUGAA